AUGGCGCUCCUCGACGACGCCGGCCUGGGGCCCGUGCAGCGGCUGGCGGCGUUUCUCCGGCGGCAUCGGCAGCCAGUGGCCGAGCAGCGCGACUCAGGGCAGCAAUUGGUGCGAGCUGAGCCGCUCGUCAGUUCUGAUGUUCUUAAAGCAAUUGAAAAUAUUGUUGAAGAGACACUAGCAAAUCUUGCAAAAGGAGAGCCCCCAAUUAUCACUUUUGAUAAAAGAUCAUCCUGGGAAAAUAUUCGGUUUGAUGGCAAUGUUGGUUUACAGCUGGUAUCUGAUUGUAAUGUGAGCAAAGUGAAGUGUGAAUGUUCCAAAUCUGUCCAUAGGUUUGCUCUGAUACUCAAGACUCUGUCGAUGAUCUACAAGUUGGUGCAGAGCAAUACUUACGCAACUAAAAGAGACCUGUAUUACAAUGAUACACAGUUGUUUGGCUCACAGAGUACUCUUGAUGGCAUUAUCAAUGAUAUAUGCUGCAUGCUUAAAGUUCAACGCAGAUGUCUCCAUGUUCUCUCUACCUCGAAAGGCUGCAUUGCUGGCGAUCUAUGCUAUACCGAAGAGGAUGGCAGCAGAGUGAACUGUGCCUGCAGUUCCACUGCUGUUCUUGUACCAUCCAAUGUGGACGGGAUAAAAAAUUUGAAUUCUUCUGCUCAAUUUGUGCUCGUAGUGGAAAAGGACGCCACCUUUCAGAGGUUAUUGGAUGAUGACUUUUGUACCAAAAUGUCCCCAUGUAUUAUUAUAACGGGUAAAGGCGUGCCAGAUCUGAGCACCAGGUUGAUGGUGCGGAAACUGUGGGACACACUGCAAAUCCCAAUCUUUGCCCUAAUGGAUGCUGACCCACAUGGUAUUGAAAUCAUGUGCAUAUACAAAUAUGGGUCAAUGUCUAUGUCAUUUGAUGCCCACAGUCUGACUGUUCCGAUUAUUAAUUGGUUGGGUCUACUUCCAUCUGAUAUUCAAAGAUUAAAUAUUCCGAAAGAAGUUUUGAUUCCUCUCACUGAAAAUGACACGAGCAAGUUGACCAAUUUACAAAAGAGACCUUACAUUGACUGCCAACCUCUCUGGAAGAAAGAAAUGGAAAUAAUGGAAACAUCUAAAGUGAAGGCUGAGAUCCAGGCUCUUGCUUCCAUCAGUUCCAACUACCUUACAAGAGUAUAUCUGCCAAAUAAACUCAAGUUUGGUGGUUGGAUAUAACUAAAAUAUCUAACAUUUUCCCAUCUUUGUAAGGAAAAAAAAAUCUGAUUGAGUUGGCGUUAGUGUUGUAACUCUUGAUACACUAUUGACUUGUUUUUCUAGCCUUGUUAGUG